GGGCUCUGGCCUGGAAAUUGCUGAGGAACACGUGGGCGACAUUUCCACACAUUUUGCCCUCGCUUUCGCGCUAGGAAUGUCCGCUUGCUUUCCAGUCAGCACCUAGAGCCUACACAUACUAUACAUAGCUGACGGUAUCGGUCCUGGGUCAAGAAUAGAAUGGCCUUGCGACAGACAUGCGGCAGUGCCGAGCAAGCGAUUUUUGGGCCCAACGACCUAAAACUCUGUCUUAAGCUAUGAAGUAUCAUGUCGUCUAUCGAUUGGCUACUUGGCUUCACGUGCGUACUGGUGUUGGUGUGGAGCGUGUCAGGAGCGUGCCCUCGUACCCCAUUCGGGACACGCAUGCCCGUCGACAACGCCCCCGAGCGGUUCCAGACGUACAAGCAAGUCCCAACAAUGACUACUUCGUUCAGUACCAAUCAUGUACAAUGACUUAUUGUUUGGGGCAGCCUUCGUGGGGGCGCUGGUGGUCGCGUGGGCGGCAAGGAUGCCAUUACCAGUCUGUCCGGAUGUAUCGUCAACAAUUGUCGACCCGCUUUUCACGACUAACGAGAAGCCACAGCUGUUUUACAACUGGCCAGAUGUAUACGCGCGAACUCUGG